AUGGCGACGACAAGGUUUGGAGCGAGUGGCGCCUCCGAGGCCGAUGGGCGCACCAAGCGGGGGGACUUGCUGGAGCUGUUGCUCGUGUGGCUGGGGGAGGGGCGGCGCGUGGAGGAGGAGGGCAGCAAUCGCCGUCAAGGAGAGAGCAGCGGCGUGGCGGGAGAGGUGGUCAGGGGUAACCGCGGUGCCCCAUCGUCCCCCCGACAGAUCUUGGUCAAAGUGCCGUGCGUGGAAACGAGCCGCACCGCUUGCGGCGAUGCCGAGAAAAAAUGCAAGAGGGGAAGUGCCCCGUACCGCCUAGCAUGGAACGACGAGGUCACAACGGCUGUCGCUUACGCCGACAACCCCUACGUCGACGCUCGGAACACUGCCCACGGCCACGACGACGGGAAAGCUUUGGCGGAAGACGGUGCUGGUGGGUGUUGUCACGGUGGCGGUCAGGUUGCGAACAAAUCUGCCAAAGGCAAAGGCGACGCCACCCGUGCCGCUGAUGCUACUGCAGCUGCAGCCGCGGGCCUUGUGUCUCCGGCACCAGGCAGGAACAACAUGACGGCAGUGAUGGUGCAGCUCCCUCGCCCGCUUGAAGGAGACGAGGCGUCGUCCACGACACCCGGUGGUCGAGGCGUCGGCUUCGAUGUCGGGAACGGGCGCGGUAGCAACAGCGUGCUCUCAGCCUCGGACAGCGGGCGGCUUUCCCUCCUCGAGGAGGCAAGGCCCACCACGAGUCGAGUAAUCGCGAAGCUCCGAGCCUCGGUGGCACGGGAAGCGUGCCAGGGUUCGACCGCCGCCAAGCUGGCUCCUGGUGCAACAGCAGCAGCAGGGCCGGCUUGUUUACUUCCUCUGACGGUCCUCGAAGUGCGCCCGGGAGAUGCGGCGAUUCCAGGCAGGCGGCCCCCUUCUUCUCCUGGGAGAAGAGCGGGACCACACGAUGGGCACAAACGAAGCGUUGGGACGAGAGGACGACCCCGACCACAGUCGGCAGCAGGGUUGAGCCUGGCGGCACAAACGUCGCGUAGAAUAGGAGUUCAGCACCAUGGAACCGCCUCGGCAGGUGGGAGAACGCGGGAGAAUCGUCGUGGUUUCGUGAAUGCCGCAGCAACGCUUGGACCGGCAGCAGCAGCGAUAACUCGUCGAGGAGCUACGGCGUGUAAGACUGACGAGAACGUGCAAGGCGCCAACUCGCGUCGGCCACAGUCUGCCGGGCCUGGUGAAAAUAUCGGCGACAGACGAAGGCGCGACGUGAAGGCGCAAGAUAACUACUCGUUUUUCCCUUCUGCCUCCUCUACUGGUGAAAAUGCCGGUACCGAAUGCGGUUACGACGAGAUGGGCGUCAGAAUGAUUCUGGGAGGAGGGGUGAUGUUGCCAGGCGAUGUGAGCGAGUGGGAAGCUUCUCUGUGCUCGAGCACCGAGGCAACGAGCAGGGCUGGAUAUGCGUUGGACUCACCGGGAACGUGGAGAGAAGCGGUCGGGUUCUAAUGCAGCGCCAAGUAACGCUGGAAAAACACAGUAAUCGAUUAUUCGUAUAUUGCCGCUGGCAGAUCGCCGAUAAACACUACAUCCGAGGGGGCAAGCACUUGAAUGAUUGCAACGCCCUGAGUCAUCAACUACCUCGGCUUUCGUCGUAAGAGUACGUUUCGUUGAUUAGUAUUGGUAGCGGGCAAAGUCAAUCACGCCUUCCUCGUGAUCUCGCCGAGACUUGUCAGAACAACACCCAGGUCUUGUCGGUUUCUUGAGCCUUGCAUAUUCUACCCAUCGUUGUUUAUAUCGAGUACCUUCAACUGAAAUUUCAAUGCCCGAUUUCGGGGGGGGCGCUGUAUAUGCAAACGACAUCGUUCAAGGCUCUCCUACCUACAUCGUGGCACAAUUUUGUUUCCAUCGUCCUCCUGCACGUGGCAUUUACUCUCCAAUCUACAUGUACAUUGCUAACGUAUAUUCGUACCCCAGCAGGGAAAUCAUCAUACCAUGCUAUUCUUCACUUUCCCACCAUCCGUACCUCCCAUUCAGGUUGGAAGAAACAAGAAGACAAAACCGUAUCUGCGAACUCGCACAAGAUCAGAGUAGACCCGAGAAUGGUCGACGUCUGACCCUGUCAGCAGAAACGACAUCCCUUGACCGUAUUAAUCUAACCCAUCUCAAACAUUGUGCGUGUAUCUUCGCAACUCAUUACUCUUGACGGCGUACAAGUUGUGUAGCGGCUCGAGCUCCUCGGCUUCCAUUUCAUGUAUGAGACAUUCCAUCCUUGCGGGAUAGUCAAAGCAUUGGGGAUAUCCUCACGGACACGUUGUGGCGCAAUAUUGAGUGAAACACGAGUUCGUAGACAAAUACCAUGAUACAUCACACUUCUCUUCUGUACCUGCGUAGAUGACGGUCGGAGGAAUGACAUGAUCUCGGAAACCAGUCAUUAAUUCCGAACUGCACCCUCCCAUCACACACAAACGGUCGAUUCAGGUGACGAUCACCUACAAGACUGACACGCGGCUGCCCCGACAGAAUACCGACGCCUUGCCUGGCCAAAGGUAGGCUAAGCGCCACCGUGGAUGGCGAGAAAGAACGUGGACGAUUCUCGCCUGCCCCAGCCUAAGUAUCUAUCCACUUCGACCAGUAUCACCCGGAGCUCCUGUAGGUUGCGUCAAUGUCCCGAGAGCCGGCCUUUUCGUCGCGACCAGACAGCACCAUCGCUCCUAGCAGAACCGGUAGCAAAGCACAUUCAUGGUCGUCCACAUGCAUCAGCCAGACUUUUCCCAUCACCACCGCCGCGCAUCCGCUCGCACACGAUAUUCUGUGCUUGAUCCAGCGGCGAGAUCGUACCGUGAGGUGUCAACAUGAAGUGCCUGCUGGUAGACUGCUGGCAGUUCGGCGGGAACAAGAUCUGGGGCAACCCCUACGCCGAUGUGACAGUGCAGGUGAGGCGCACGGCAAGUUCGCAGACCGUCUUGGAGGACUGAUUGGGUCUCGAGAGCUUCAUGCACGCGACAGCCCGCUGCUUAGUUGUGAUCUGGGGAUUAUAUAUAGGUGUAGUAGUACCUCUUCGGGCUCUUGGAUACCUUUUUCUUGCUACGUGUGCGUGUUCUUUAGAUCCUCAGAUGGCUCUAGCACUUUCGUGACCACGGGCUGAGAGUCUUUGCUAGAUUUUGGCAUUUAGCAACUGGCAUACGGUUUAAUGUGAAGUCAACAACAACAACAACAAUGCCGUGAACAAACAGAUUGACAAGACGUGCGGACUGAUGCGAGGUCCACGACACGUGCGUAGCGUGGUAGAAAAUUGUUCAACCCAUCCUCUACAAAUGCCGUAGUCUUGUACUCUGCAUCCUCUGCAUAGACUACACCCACGAUGACAUGAAUUCGCAAAGCCUACCAAGAGUUUCCUAGUACUGGAAGCCUUUCGGGGACGAUUUGGGGACACUUAACCCUUCUGAGGCUUCGCCCACUUUUUUUUUAUCAAAAAAGUGAUCACCGAAUCCGGUCUACUCGAUAAGGGGACAGUUAAGAAACAUCCCCGAACCACCACGCAGGGAGUUGUAUAGAACCUCUGUUGGCACAGAGCGGCAGAGCGAAGCACAUCCACACACACGCACGGUAGGGGUACGCCGGCAGGCGCAUGAAGGGUCAUACAGGCCGUCUGAGGACCUCAGUCUUGGGAGCCGCCACUCUCGUUGUCCUGACUGCUGCCGCGUGGCGAGAAGAGGUUCGUGUUGGUCGAGAGGUAUGUUCCGCGAGGGUCCUCUCCCACACACCGUACGCUCGGCUCCGUUGCCGUGGCAUGAGCUCCGACGUAGAGGACGGGGAGGAGUACUUAGAGUACAGCAGCGAGGAGGACGAAGAUUUUGAGCUGGUACAGACAGGCGAUGUCUUUAGGGCGCCUUAUGCUGCGAAAACACACAAUUCCAGCCACAACACUCGCGGCGCCAAAAGGCAUCGAGAGGAGCAGGGGGCACCGGAUACCUCCCCACCACCGCCACCCAUUAGCCAGCAGCAGCAG